AUGGACGCUUCACUGCCCGCCGACCAGAGCGGACUGUCGGAUCUGUCAGCUGCAUCCAUCCUCAGCACUGGGCCCUAUCUCGGCCCUCCAUCGCCUCCAACCGACCAGCAGACAAAAGCCGCAGCCGUGCUGCCCAUACCGUCUCCAACAUUCACAGCAACGCAGUCAAACGCAACACCAGGGCCAAGCCGCAUUCGAACACAGCAGGGAGACACUUCAAAUGCUGUCUGGACGCCCAGCCCUGACGCAUCCUCUUCGCGCUCCAAGUCCAGCAGUCAAUCCAUGCGACGGCCCUCCUCCAGAAACAGCAACGGUAAAGGAAACGAGAGCAUCGGCUCCAGCCUCGGCACAUUCGAUUACAGCAAUGCCUCCUUCAGCGAGAGCUUCCUCCGUCAGGCCGGUGCAAAUAUGCUCGCUGGUCUAGACGAGGCGAACCCUUCGCCAAACCGGUCCUUGUCCUCUUCGCCCAGGUAUCGCACUUCCUCAUCGCCCACGGUAACAGCCAGGCCUAUCCGAGCAGUGGAUCCAAGGACGCCUUUUACAGGCAAAAGCCUUCGAACGCGAAUGGCCGAAGCUGGCAUGCUCGACAGUCCAGCAUCCUCCGACGGCAGCAGUCCAAGCUCGAGCCCGACAACACGCAUGCUGCCCGACUCUGUCACGCGCACAAUCGUAGCGCAGCAAGAAUAUGAUGAAGAGAUGAGCCCGCAGCCGGGUCUCGACUCCCCGGAUGCUCGAGCUUAUUCAAGGACAUACUCGCCGUCCUUAGAUAGGAUACGACAUGGCAGCUUCAACUCUCCUUCGCGGCAUAUCGUAUCAGCGUCCAUAGGCAGCCCUGGGAUUGGAGAGGAGCACGACUGGCAGGAAGGCCUAUCCAUGGUACCGGAAGAGUCAUACGUCGAAGAUGCAUCACAGCUGCCAGCAUCGCCCGCCGUGCAAAACAACUCCCCACAUCGCUCGAUGAUCCUCGACUCGUCACGCGACAAGGACCUUGAGCCAGCUGGGGAACCUGACUCCCCCUGUUUUGCACUUGAACAUGGCAGGGCUUCGAGCGAGGAUCACAUAUCAUCCGACCCGGCUGCAGCACUCGAAGAGGCAAUUCAUGAUGAGAGCGACGAUGUCCUGCCAUCGACUUCAGCCUCAGAAGAGAGACCAAAAGAGAGCGCCGACAAGUCGGAGGACCGACUUCAGGCUCCAUCGUCGCCUUCGCCCCGCAAAGCAACGCCAUCGACGCCUUCUCGCGUGGUCAAUACGCCAAAGUCUUUCGCUAGGCUCCGAGUCGGGACACCCGUUCGAUCUUCGCCUCUUGCGCGCGAGGUCAACUUUUCGCCCUCGUCGGCAGGCUCGAAUGCAUCUCGAUGGCAGAGUCCUGUCAGUCAGAGGAGCAUGCACGAUGCAGUCACUGCAUCGCCGCACCCGGUCGCACAACAGUCUCCAGCCCGUUCAGUCUUUGAGGCUGCGCAACCACUCUCACCGACACGGGAACAGUCUUUCGACGAGCAACGAUCGGUCCUCAGACCAGCGGCGCACCCGCAAACACCACAUGUGGCUAUCUCUGCCCAGCCGACCGGAGGAACACCGUCUCAAUUCUGGUCUCCGGCGACAUCCGCUUCGUUCGCAACGCCAGCAUCGCAGCGUCCGCAACAUCCUUCCGCACCGACGACACCUGCAUUUCUUUCGCACACUCCGCUCGGUGCAAUCUCAUCGCCACCUGCUGACUUUGGCACUCCUCAGUGGAGUCCCUCGCCCGUACCUCUUCAGGCAAAGGUUGAAGUCGUGCAGAUCGAAUCAGAGAAGCCGCAAGCAGAUAUCAGCGCCGACGCGCCUGAAGAGGAAGACGAAGAGGAACUGGCCUCGUCAUCCGCCUCUGUGGGCUCGGAGAAAAAGCAGAGUGGCGACGUGUCGACCGCCUCUCAGCGCCCUCUCGAAAUCGACCUCCCAGCUCAGACGAAGCUCGAUCUAUCGUUCACAUCACCCUCUCAGCACCACGACUCACCAUCAGCAGCCAGGUUCUCCCGACUCCAACUCACUCGCAUCUCGCCUCCAACCUCCCUUCCCUCCGACCUAGCCUCCGUACCGGAACUCGGUGUGGUAGUCAGCGCAUUCGACUCGCUGACGUCGCUCUCCGAGUCGCGCGUCUCUCGCCUACUCUCGCAGCUCUCAGCCUCCACAGCACGCAUCGACGAGCUCGAGGCCGCUCUCGAGACGAAAGAAUCCCAACAAGCAGAGCUGCACGACGUGCGAGCCACGCUAGCCCAGCUGUCGACGCAGUACGAGGAGCUGGUGGCCGAGGCGGAUGAGAAGGACGCUGCCAUGGUCGAGUUGGUCAGGAAGCUGCAGGGCCAACUGUCAGCCCGAGGAGGGGAUAGGGUGGCGGGGCUGGAACGGGAGUUGGAGGAGGAGCGGAGGUUGAGGGAGGUCGAGAGGCGGGAUUACGAAGUGAGGAUUCAAGGUUUGCUCAGUUCUGCAACGACCAGCUCGAGUGCGGCAAACGCUGCGAUGGACGAGAUCGCUUUCGAUAGUGACGACCGGAUGACGGGAGCGGUGGAGCAAGCAAAAGAGCAGCUGCGGCUGACGUUGGAGAAGGACUCUGAGAUUCGGCGUGCGAUGGAGCAGCGAGAUCUUCUGGCCAAGGUCGAGGAGCUGGAACGCCAGCUCGCAUCAACGUCAAAGGUGGAAGCAACUGUGGAGGACCGUCACGACCCCGACGUGCAGCAUCAAGUCGACCAACUCACAUCGGAGCUCGAUCGCCGCUUCGAAGAGCUCACCGAUCUGCGCGAGGAGCUCGAGUCUGCCCUCGCCGAGAAGGAACACGCCGAAUCGCGGGCACGCGCACUCGAGGAGGAGUUGGACGAAGCACGAUCGCGGUCCCACCAUGACAGCCGUGACUCCGCCAACAAGGAGCUCGACGAGCUGCGCACGACGCUUGUCGAGCGCGAUACGCACAUCUCUCGACUCGAGGAGACGCUCUCGCUCACCACCUCCCGUCUGACCACCCUCACCGCCAAUCACGACGCGCUGCAGCACCAGAACAUCCUCCUCUCGCAAUCUCGCACGGACGACUCGACACGCAUCGCGACACUCGAGUCGCACAUCCUCUCGCUCGAGACACAGCUGCGCACCCGCACGCCGAACAAAGCCACCGAGUCCACUGCAGAAGUUGAAUCCGCCACGCCGGGGCAGGAUCGCCUAGCCAAACUGCACAAGGAACUCGCGUCGUUGCAGCUGGACCUUGUCAAGCUCGGAAAAGCGAAUGAUGCGCUGCAGGAGGACAACGUGCACUUUUCCAUCGCGCUCAGCGCCAAGCAGCUCGAACUGGGCAUGGUGAAGCGCAAUGCGCGGUUCGCGUUGAAGAAUGCGCGAGCGAUGGCGCAAGGCGAGAGAGUGGGGCUGCCGCUGAGCAAGAGCGUAAAGGAGAAAGAGGUUGAGUUCCCAGCGGCGCCCAAGGGUGAGGUGGUGGCGGAGAGGAAGGAGGUGGACAAGGAGAAUGUGGUGCCAGUGAACCAGGCAAGGUUACAGGCGAGACAGAUGUUAGCGUUGCGGAAGGCUGCGCCGGUUGCUGGUGGUGAUGGUGGAGGUGGGGCAAGGAGGGUGCGUCCGAUGUUGGCUGCGUAG